CAGUUGCCUGCCUUACCGAGCAUCACGAAUAAGACCUUCAUCGAGGACUGUGUGCGUGUCCACAACAACCUCCGCACUAACGUCCAGCCAGCCGCCAGCAACAUGCGGUACAUGACUUGGGAUGCAGCUUUGGCAAGGACUGCAAGGGCAUGGGCAAAUAAAUGCGUUUUUGAACAUAACCAAUACUUAAGUAAGAAACAUCAGUGCCAUCCUAAUUUCACAUCUGUUGGAGAGAAUAUUUGGGUUGGAAGUCAUCAAGCAUUCUAUGUUGCUGAUGCCAUUAAAACGUGGUAUGAUGAGGUCAGAUUCUAUAUUUUCGCAGGACAGAAAUGUACUAAGGUUUGCGGUCAUUACAUUCAGGUUGUUUGGGACUAUUCAUAUAAAGUAGGCUGUGCUGUUACUCUGUGUAAGGAAGUUGCAGGAAUACGAAAUGCAGCAAAUUUUGUUUGCAACUAUUCACCAAG